AGUGGGACGGACGCUCGUCUGCCCUGCUUCGGGUAUUGCAUCAUUUCAUUAAUUUUUUGAAAAGCGAUUCCGGCUUUAACUGUGAUUAGUAAGCAUGGCCAUGUUCACCCCGUUGUCGAGGGCCUGGGCCAAUUAAAUUAAUAAGAAGAAGAAGACGUGAUCUGGCCGUAUCGACCUCCUUUUGUUGUUUGGAGGCGGGAGCCAUUAAGAACGACAUUAUAUGGACAGGUAUCCUAUUUGAUGAAAGUGAGAAGAAAAGUUCUAGUGUAAUCUAGUGCAGCGAUAAAAAACAAACCAGCUAUUUCGACGACUAGAAAGAUGACAGAUACUUGGCGUUUGGAUAUUUUACCAAACGAGAUGUUGCUGUCAAUUUUCAAUUAUUGCAAUGCAUAUGAUUUGAUACAACUCAGCCAAGUAUGCAAGCGAUUUUACAGGAUCAUAUCAGAUACGGGCUGGAAUAAAAAGAGGAAAUCAUUUCUCGUUACAAAUCAAACGUCGGAAAUGUUUCGUAAAAGAUGUUUUACAUUGUUGCAACCACAUGCAGCAUGGCACAUAUCUCAGAACUGGUAUUAUGGAAUAUAUAAAAAAGAAGCUGUAUUCUCAUGGAAAAAAAGUAUGAUACCAUGGCUAAGAAUGACAGACAACAUGCUUUGGUGGAUGUUUGGGGAUCUUUAUGGCUUUAAGCGUCAUGAGAAGACAUUAAAUAAGUACCGAUCAAGAUAUCAUACCGUAGAAUCCUGUGGUCUUCACAUCAACAAAUUCAUUAUUUGGAAAAACUUCGUCAUAUGUGGUUAUAUGGAUGGCACUAUAGUCUACUUUAUGGUAAAUUUCGAAGACGAUUUGCGUACUGCAAAGAUGAUCGCACAGAAGUCAGCUUCUGUAAAAUCUACUGUUAAUGCCAUAGAUGCCUCAUUGGAAAAUGUUAUUGCGGGUUUAGAUAAUGGUACAGUAAAGAUAUUUAGACAUCCAGAACUUUUGAAUGUGAGGACUUGGGAUCAAAUAUGCAAUAUGGAUAUAGACAAAAGAAUGCUUACUGGCGAUGAUAAAAAGGGGGAAGUCUAUGUAAAUCUAAAGGAUAAAGUGCAAUCGCUUUCAAUUGAUCCUACUGGAGUAACAUUUGCCGUUGGCUCUGCUGGAAUAAAUGACGUUCCAUUACAUGUAAUCAAUGUCGAGCGUUACACAAUGGUCGAUACAAUGCAGCACGAGUGGAAGUACGGCGCUGGAAUAUUAGACAUGGUAUGGGAUGAUCCCAACACUUUACUCACUUGCGGUUAUGAUACAUACAUCCGAAAAUGGGAUUUGAGAACUGGAAGAUGCGUUUGCUCAUGGGUGGAUCCAUGCGAUGCAACAUUAUAUUGUAUUGCAUCCGAUAAUCAAUAUACUAUGAUAACAGGGACACAGUAUAAUUGUUUAGCUAUUCUAUGGGAUCAGAGGAAAAGUGAUUUCGUUCAGAUGUAUUACGUAAAUUCGCAAGAAUCAUCUCGACGCAGCCCAAUCUAUUCUUUACAAUUUGAUAGUACACAUCUGUACUGCGCUACAGAUAAACGCAUGAUCGAAUUAAACUUUUCACUCCGUUCAAAUCAAAAGCAUGAUUACAAGUCGUUAUUCGCAUAUUUAAAAAAUAGGUAAAUGCAAAUAAAACUUUUCAUGGUAAAGAAAAGUUUAAUUACAAUUUGUGACGAAAAGCAUGGAAGACAUGAAGGGCAAAAUCAAAUUCUGAGAAUUGAUUCCUGGAUGUAUCUCGUAAAAAUGGUGCGCUUUAUAAAAACAGCGAUAUUAUUUUAUUAUAAACUGUAAUGAUACGAAUUGUAAUUAUUGUGUGUUGCAUAUAUAUAAAAAUAAUGGUUGUAAAUAAAUAUUUAGCCGCAGAUAUUAAUGUUCAUAAAAAAAAAUGGAAACUAGCCAAAGUAUUGUUAAAAUUUCUCGAUGUAAUUUUUGGCAUUACCGAAGAUCUAUACUUGAAUUCACUGUGCGAGUUUUGUUACGAGGUUUCAUGCGCAUUUACGGAAUUUUAUGACAAAUGUUACUACGUUGAAAAGAAUCAGUAUGGUGAAAUAGUAAAAAUAAAUAUGGGACAUAUAUAUAUACAGGGUGUCAAUUAUGUAC